GAUAUGUGUCUUACAGUAAAAACCCAAUAUGGCAGAGAUGGCAGCUCUCGCACGGUAACUAAAGCAACAUCAACAGUUUCAACAGCGCCCUUUCAAAACUGCUGGAUUUUUUGCAAGCGACCGCAGGCAUGAGGGAAAGACAGAAGAAGAAAAAGGGCAGGACGUGGGCAGAGGCCGCCAAAACGGUGCUUGAGAAAUACCCCAACACACCGAUGAGUCAUAAAGAGAUCUUACAAGUGAUUCAGAAAGAAAGACUUAAGGAGAUAAGUGGGACUUCCCCUCUUGCCUGUCUCAAUGCCAUGCUUCAUACAAACUCACGUGGAGACGAAGGGAUCUUCUACAAAGUCCCUGGUCGAAUGGGAGUCUAUACACUGAAGAAAGACACUGCAGAUGUGGUGAAGGAACUGUCAGAAGAGGCCUCAGACGACAGCAGCGACAACAUGUCUGAUACCCCAUGUACAGAAAAUAACAGCACCAACAGCAAAGAUGGACGCAGAGGAAGGUGGACAAGGAGAGUGCCAUCAAAACUACAGUCUCAGCCGUCAUCUCCGCAGUCGCGCUGCGCAUCUCCAUCAGUCUCUAGCAGCAAACUCAUGUCCCCAUCACAGAAACACAGCAAGAAGGCCCUUAAACAGGUGCUGCCAUUUACACCUGCCAUUACUGAAUUGAGGGCACUCAAACAACAGCAGCAGAGGAAUCAGCGAAGGCAGUGUGGAAUUCCCACCACCUCAAGUCCACGGCUGAUCCUCAAGGCUGACACAUCCACCUCCAAAUCCCGUACAUUCAGUAUUUUAUGCCCCUGGGAGCUCAAACAGGCCGAGCGUUGCCCUGCUAGUCCACAGAAUUCUACCUCCAGCUCAUCGUCCUCUAUCAAAACAGAUGCGUGCCACACAGCUGGUGCCCGAAAGGUUUCUCAGCGUUCCAGUCGACUCAGCGCCAGACAACUGAGGCGUGCGAAGUGUGAGAUAGACGUUGAAACACCAGACUCUAUCCUUGUCAACACCAACCUGCGAGCAUUGAUCAAUAAGCACACGUUCUCAAUGUUACCUACAGAUUGUCAACAAAAGCUUCUUAAGAUGCUCCCAGAGGUUGACCAGCAGGCUAGUAUGGAUGGAGCAUUGAAGGUGACUAGUUCAGCUUUGAACAAUGAGUUCUUCACAUCUGCAGCACAAUCCUGGAAGGAAAGACUGGCGGAGGGUGAUUUUACACCUGAGCUGAGAUUGAGAAUACGACAAGAAAUUGAGAAGGAAAAAAAGGUGGAGGCUUGGAAAGAACAUUUCUUUGAGAGCUACUACGGUGAAAAAUCUGGAUUGAGUAUUGAAGAAUCCAAAGAGCUGAUAGAGGCUGAAGACGUUCCUGAACCAACUAAAAGCACAGUCCCAUCAGAAAAGCCAGAGAUUGUGAAAGAGUCACAGAAACAAAGCCCUGUGGCGGAGGUCAGCCGGAUGGAGUUGAGGUCCAGAGAUGUCAAACCAGCAGUAACACAUUUCUGUCCUGAGGAGCCAGUAAAACAUUCAACUUUAGAGCAAGUACAAUCAACCCCAGACAGAAAGGAAGCAAUGGAAGAAGUGAUUGCAAAAUCUCCCAUUCCGAAAGCAGCAGAGCCCACACCACACAGUGAAAAACCACUGGAGAAUGACAUCAGAUGUAAGACUCCAGAAACUCCUAUAGAAGCAUUGGACACCUGUUUAAAUGAAAAUGAUACACCUAUUACUAAAGAUGAAGGCCCUGUGGCUGAGGUUGGACAGACAAUAAUAGAGAGGAACAAACCUGGAUCUCCAAUUCCUGCCGUCGCAUCUGAACAUCUGAAGAGGAAACUCUCCAUUGAACAGGAUACAGAACCUGGAACAGAGAAAAAGCCUCGGGUCACUCCACCAGAAGUUUCACCCCCAGUGACAGCUAAGGAAACCAUAGAACAGAGAGUACCUCCACUCAAAAUACCAGUGUCACGAAUUCUCUCAGCUCCUGCAUCUUUUGAGCAGACAUCCCCUAGGACUCCUAUCCCCUUGACACCACCUUGCAUUCGACCUGGUCGUACUGGGGCACGGACUCUUGCUGACAUCAAGGCAAAAGCUCAGUUAGCGCGGGCACAGCGUGCUGCCGCAGCAGCAGCUGGGUCAUCAAGUGGAAGUGCCAGUACCUCCACACCCUCCCCAGUUCGAUCCCUAUCAGAAGAGUUUUCACCAGCAAGCAGCAGAAGUCAGUCUGUCUCACCAAUGAAACAGAGCUCUGGAUCUCCUGCCCCAGAUACUCCCUCACAAACGCCUCCUUCCUCAGGUUCCUCUGGACACUUAGAUGUUGGUUUUACUCAAGGCCUAUGUGCCAACCAGGCUUCUACAAAAGAAAAUCGAUCUUUGCUGGGGUCCCAGAUUACACAGUGUACAUUGAAUCCAGCAGUAAAGGAACAGUAUAGUGCUGGAAAUAUAGUAGCAUCUUCUAGUCAGGCAGAAAACAUGACUGUCUCAAACGCAAUUGCACAAAACCAGAGAGCACAUCAAACAUCUAUGUCAAUGACCAAGCCUAGCUCUUCAAUUCCAGCAAAUAACCCUCUAGUCACCCAGCUUCUUCAGGGUAAAGAGGUUCCUUUGGAAAAGAUCCUUCCAAAGCCACUAGCCAAGAUGGAGGUUCAAUCUGUGUCAAUUUCUUCCAGAGAUAAAGAGAAGAUUUGUACCUCAACAGCUGGGUUAAAAAAGGAGAUUCCUAGAAACCCAGAAGAUGCAAUCAAAUUUGGGCACCAGGUUACUUCUGGUCAGUCCAUAAUACAACUCAGAUCUCCAGUAAGUGUGGACAAACUGUUCAAAACCGCCCAGGACCAGAUCCUUCAGCCACUAAGGCCCAAAUGUGAGCAGAAACAAACUGGUUCAAGCCAUCAACUCUCCCAAUUUCAGUCUGUUCAGUUAGGACCCCCUGAGGGCAACCAGGACCAGAUGAGUAUUCAUCUAGGCAUCUUUGGGCGAAAGAGGAUGGCUAAGCCAGCAAUGACGGGACACUACCUCCUUAAUGUUUCCACUUAUGGUAGAGGGUCUGAAAGCAGCAAAAGGCCACAUCAAGUCAAUAACACAGUCCUUGUUAACUUAAAAAAAGAGAAAAUUGAAGAUGAGAGUGUGAAAGGAAUGUCCCAAACCUCAUCUGGAGGACACUUGAAUUCUCCAAGUGUCAAAGUUGAACCGCAGGGAUAUUUUGAGGGUGUAGCACCACAAACCUGUUCCAGUGUAAAAUCUGAAUCUCCGUCAUCAAGCUGUUUAUCCAACAAAGUAAGCACUUCUACUCGAACCAAAGAAACUUGCUCAAGAAAGCAGCUUGAUAGCUGCAGUAGUAUACAGGGUAACACAGAGCCAUAUAAAUUAGCUGACAGUCACCAACACACAUUCACGACUCAAAAAACACAAAAUGGCCAAGAACUUGUUAUUGGCCCACAGUAUGGUGGAACCAUCAGCAUGACCGUUCCACACACACUGAAUAACAGCAUAGCCGACACUCCAACCUCUCCAACUGCUGUGUCCUGCAGUGGCGACAGCAGCGCGGCUGGUGGAAGCAUGAUGUCUUUUUCCGUUACUGUCACUGCCAUACCUGCUGGUCACCUACUGGAUCAGAGCAACCAGGGUGAUACCUCACCUGAGCAAGCCUUCAUAGAAACCUCUGGGAUGGAGGACGUACAAUCAAAGUGCUACUGUCGGCUAAAGGCCAUGAUUGUGUGCAAGGGAUGUGGCGCAUUCUGUCACGAUGAUUGCAUUGGCCCAUCCAAACUAUGUGUCUCAUGUUUGGUGGUACGAUAAUGGUUAUGAGGAUUACCAUCAACUGUGAUCAUUCAAAAAGCAAUUACAAUGAGGAUAACAGUGACUGUUGCUUUGGUAAGCUAUUCAUGUGGCUAUUGUGCUGUUUGUACUUCUUGUUUUUCUUGCACACGUACAUGUUUAGCAUGGUAUGAAAUCUGUGCAACUCCGAUUCAUUCUUCCCCUCUCUUGGUGAGCACCUUGUUUUAGACUGAAAACUCCUUGAAUACUGGCAAUAUUAUUAAGGCUCGUUCUUUUUGUUAUAUUUUUGUAACAAAGUUUUAGAAAUGAAAAUCGAUUUACUACUAUUUUUGUAGAUGUAAAAAUCAUUAUUACCCCAUAUGUUUUUGGAAAUUAUCUUUUACAAUCAAUUCACACUAGCAUGCUGAAACAGGCAACAUCAAUGUUUAAGUUUUGCUUAUCAUGCAAAGCCGUUUGUUGGUAAGGUUUAGCCUUUGAACCGCAAAACUGAGAUACCAGUUACUUCGCAGAAUUACUGUGAAUAUAUUAACCUAGGCUUAUAUAUGGUACUGUUAAAAAAAAACAUUAUUUAAAGAACAGAAGGGAGUUUUGUCGAGUAAAUUAACAGGCUAGCACUUCUCUUACAUAUGAGGGUUUUUUGUGGGGGGGAUAUAAAAACAGAUUUAUAUUGAUAAUUGACAAUGGCAAUAAUUUGUACAUUUUAGAGUAUUUAUACAGUUAGUCUUGUUCUUUAUAAAUCUCAAAGAGCAUUAUUGUCCCUUGUAUCCUAAAUAGAUUUAUUAGGGUUGCACUAUUUAUGUUUGGAAAAAGGACUUAUUUGCCGAUUAUCUAUAUGUUCGAAAAUGGCAAUUGUUAAAGAUAAGUAGAGUUGAAGCACUUAUAAUCUUACCCUCUCAGGAGCAAAACCAGGUCUUAAUCAUUUCAAUAGCCUUUGUCUAAUCAUGUAAGUUGUUUACGUCACACAAGUGACAUUGCCUCUAAAUGGAAUAGUAGAUAGUAGUCCAUAUAACUUUAGUCUUUAAAUCAGAAUCAGAGGAAAAAAUAAUGCUGAAAAACUAUGUGAGCAAUGAAGUAAAACCUUUUGAGAAGGAAAAUAUGAAUGUUUUAUAUUGUAAAUAAUGACUUUCUUUGCGAUUCUACUAAAAAUCAAUUUUAAAAAGCUUUUCUGUAUCUUGCCUAAACAUAUCUGAUUGUCUACCUUACUCGAAGGGUUUUUAUUUGUAAUUGUUAAAACACAAAUACUUUUAAUCAUGUUUCAAAAUUAAAUGUUGUGUACUGUCCUGAAACAAUCCUGCUAAACAGGUACAUUUUGAUACAGGUAAUCUAACAAACUAGUUGUUGCAUCUUUGAAUCAGUCAUCUUUGGUUCAAUCAUUUGCCUUCCAGGCAAGAAAUGUUAAAGAUUUUAGAUAAAAUUUGCUUGGUAAUAUACCAAAGUCAAUGUACGGGGACUAGAUAAUCAGAAUUUGUUUGUAAUGUCUGUCUAGUUAAACAAAGUAAUAUAUUUUAAGUAAUAUAUUUUAAUAAAAGUCUAUUUACAAAACAUUUAAGAAACAGGGUAUUUGCUAUAUCUUUAUAUUGGAUGUCCCAUUUUGUUAUGUACAUGUUUGUCUAAGGUGUACAUUGACUUUUUUACAGUUUUGUACUGGGCCCAUUGUGAUAGUCUGACCCCUUGAGUCUUUUGGUCUUUCUGUUAUUCUGCCUGCGAUGCAUUAAUUUGCGCUCACUUUUUGUGUAUGUGUCAUUUACAGAUCACUUAAAUGACAUAAAGAAAAGUUCCAUCAGGUGUUUGUGUUGUAUGAAUAAAACUUAAAUUUGCUUGGUGUUUGGGUUGUGCUAAAUGUUUCUGGGUGGGAUAGAGUUUGUUUACUUCGUCAGUUGGUUCUUAUAAACUGUUGCUUUCAUUUACAUAUGUAUUUAUAUGCCACAUUUAAAUAUACAAGAGACUCACUAGACUAUAACUGUGAUACCUCUGUUGUACAAUACAGCAGGCCUUAGAAGUGAUUUAAUUUUUAGUCCCAAAGCUGAUGCUUAGAUUAACUCAGAAUUCUUUGACAUGUUGCAAAUUGUCAGAGCUAUAAACAAGUAACUCUUGAGAGUUGCAAUGCAUGACUUUCCAUUCUACCACCAACUUUAUAUGCCUGUGAUAUUUUACAAAAGUUACAUUUUUAAUUCAUGUUUCAGUAUAUUCCUUCAAAAUCAUGUGAUUAUUAAUGCAGGAGGUCUUGAUGUUUCAGAAUCAAUAAAACAGUUAUUUAUCAAGAGUCAACGGGAAAACUUUGAGUUAGGAAUGGCUUCCACUGUGUUAAAAGAAGUCAGAUAUUUUAUGUAAAAUAAAGGUGAAUGUAAAAUAGUAAUUGUAAUAAGCACUUGUAAACAAAGUGUAUUUUAUCAAGAAACUGUAUAAAUAAAGACAGCAAAACAAAAUAAGUUGUUAUGUGGUGUGU